AUGAAAUUGUUAUUUUUUAUUUUUGGAAUUUUUGUGAGUUUCGGUGCUGAUGUUGAAUCAUCUAAAAUUUUGGGAAUAUGUCCGGCACCUGCCCACAGUCAUUUUACUUUAUGUUUUCGUCUAAUGAAAGAACUGGCUGAUAAAGGCCAUGAAGUGAGUUUUGUCAACAGUAAUCCUCAGAAGACUCCAAUUAAAAAUUUGAAGGACAUAUCCGUGAAGGAAACAGCAGGACCUAUAUCUAAAUUAAUGGGAUCGUUCACAAAUUUUGGCAAACUUUCAUAUAUCCAACAAUUGUUAUAUAUAAAUAAUUUUGGGAAAGCGCAAACAGAAAUCAUUCUGCAGCACAAAAAUAUUCAAGAUUUAAUGAAAUCAGACGAACAUUUUGAUUUGGUAAUACUUUACCAUUGGCUUACCGACGCUUUAGCAAUAUUUGCUCAUAAAUUUAAAUGCCCUUUAGUAAUUUUGGCACCAUGGCCUUCAAGCAUAUUCGACAAUUAUAUGUCUGGAAACCCGGCUCCCAGCUCAUAUGUUACCUAUUUGUCAGCUGAUUAUGAUUCAAAUAUGAACUUUUGGCAAAGAAUAGACAAUACUUUUAACCAAAUAGUUGGAGAAUUGAUAGUGCAUUUUAAAAUGGUCCCUACACAAAAUGAGGCCCUAAAAAAAGCGUUUCCCGACGCUCCUGAAUUGAGUACCAUCUUAUAUAACACUAGCCUAAUAUUAACACCAUUCCACCCAAGCUUGGGAGAUCCUAUACCUCUGCAGCAAAAUAUUAUAGAAAUCGGAGGCUAUCACGUGACACCACCAAAACCCCUGCCAAAAGAUUUACAAGAUUUUAUGGAUAGUUCGACAGAAGGUGUAGUGAUUUUCUCGAUGGGUUCAAAUGUAAAAAGUAGUGACUUUACACCUGAGAAAAUAAAAACUAUUUUGAAUGCUUUUUCUAAGAUCAAGCAGAAAGUUUUGUGGAAAUUUGAAGUCGACCUGCCUGACAAGCCAGCGAAUGUGAAAAUUUUGUCUUGGUUGCCACAAUCUGAUCUCAUAGCUCAUCCUAAUACUGUAGCCUUCAUUUCCCAUUGUGGUCUACUUGGUACCACAGAAGCCGUUUACCAUGGAGUACCAAUACUUGGUCUUCCUGUAUUCUGGGACCAAGUGAAAAAUAUUGCUGUUGCUGUAAGCAAAGGAUAUGGUUUAAAAGUCGAUUUUUAUGAUUUAGAUGAACAAUCUUUUAGCAGCGCAUUACAAGAAAUAGUGAAUAAUCCCAAAUAUCGAAAUACUGCUAAGGAACGUUCUAGAAUUAUGCAUGAUGACCCAGUAAAGCAAUUAGACAAAGCGGUGUUUUGGAUUGAAUAUGUAAUUCGCCACAAAGGAGCAGCACAUUUAAGAUCACCAGCAUUGAAUCUCCGUUGGUACCAAUUGUACCUUUUAGAUAUAAUUAGUUUUGUUGUUGUUUUAGUUAGUAUAUUUAUAACUUGUUUAUAUUUGUUAUGCAAAUGUGUUUGUAGAAAAAACAAUUCUGUUAAAAGCGAUAAGAAAAACAAAUAA